AUGUCUGCAGUUGCCAGAAACCAAAUCAUUACCGGAGCUACCCCCGAGGCCGCCGGGUACGGCAGGGAUGCUGAGGAUGGCUUCACCUCAGCCCAAGCCUUUUUUCGCGUUGCUGAAGGCACCACCCAGUCAACUUUCCAGAACGAAGAAGAACGGGGGCGAGCAGUUCUGGCAGUCCAGGACCUUCUCGGUCGCUUGGAGUCUCCGUGGGAAACCUAUAUCAGGACGUUUCUCACUCCCUCGCCUAUACAAGCAGCACUCUGGAUCAUGCGAGACUUGAAGUUGUUCGAGAAAUGGAAUAACAAGGGAAACGAGGCGAUGACCAGCGCGCAGCUUGCGGAACUUGUGGGUGGUGUUGACCCAGCCUUCCUACAUCGGAUUCUACGCUUGCUUGUUACCCAUGGAAUUUUGCGUGGGCUUCCAUACGACAAGCUCAAGCCGACCGACUUCUGCCUCGCCCUCACGCGUCCGGAAUUUCAUGCGCUAAUGAAUCACUGUCGAGACGUCACCGACCCCCUCUAUGCACAAAUGCCGGCCAUCGCCGCAGAGAUGGGAUACAUCAACCCUACAGACCACAUGAAUACCUUUUUCCAAAAGGCUUUCAACUGGGAGGGUGACAUGUGGUCAUACUUCAAGCAGAACAAGGACCAAGGCGAGGCUUUCAACACUGUUCAACGCGCUGCGAGUACCCUUGAGCCGUCUUGGACGGACAUCUUCCCCAUCAGCGCUCUUAAGGACGGCUCCGACGAGAAGCUCCCCCUCUUCGUAGAUGUAUCCGGCGGCGCCGGGCAUGAUAUUCGCCAAUUAUUCAAGGCUUGUCCCGAGACCGCCUCGAGACUAUACCUCCAGGAUCUUGACAACGUCCUCAACUCUUCGUCGGCCAACGCCACGGCCCCGACUGAGAUUCAGCAGCAGGUGUACGACUUUUUCACUCCCCAGCCAGUGAAAUAUGCGCGCGCCUACUACCUGCACCAUGUGAUCCACGACUGGUCCGAUGAGCCGGCACGGAAAAUUCUGAAAAUGCAAAUGACGGCCAUGAAGGCCGGAUAUAGCAAGCUGCUUAUUCAUGAUCAGAUCCUGGACGACGAAAAAAUACAUCCGCAUUCUGCUGCUUACGAUAUUGGCGUCAUGGCGUUUCUGGGUGCCCAAGAACGCACUCAGAGAGAGUGGAACUCUCUUCUGGACUCGGUGGGUCUACGAGUGGCCAAGGUCUGGAAGUCGCCGGGCGCGACAUACGGUAUCAUUGAGGCCGAAUUGCCGUGA